CCCACUAUCGUCACUAUGACAGAUAACGACGCUCAGCGGCUCGGCUACAGAAUACAGUAUCGAUUCGACGGUGCCACAUUGAGGAUGGCUGGUGUCCUGGGACUACUGGCAAAGUUUGAGCUUAUUGAAACAGAAGUAUGGGCCUGCAUCUUACUUGUUUUUAUUAUUUGCCUUUGUGUAACCCAUUCAGAAGUUUACAAGAGAUGCCUCGCCUUUUUUCCUUCUUGCCUCCUGAAACUAAAGCGUCACCUACGUGGGUAUAACUUCGCCAGACUGUACUUUGACAUCAAAGAAUAUGAUAGUGCUCGUCGAUAUCUUUCGGAAUUUUUAACUGUGAGACCCAAGGCCUCUGAUGCACACCGCCUAAUGGGUCAGAUUUUAGAGCUACAGGACAACAAAGUAAUGGCUCUUGAAGCAUAUAAAACAUCUUAUCAUUUAGGCCAAAUCCAAAAGGAUUUGGUCUUAAAAAUCUGUGACAUCUACACUCACAUAGAUGCCGACAAAUCAGUUAAACUGUAUUGGGCUGAAGAGGGCAAUCGCCUCUACCCCCACCAUGAAACAGUUAUCAAGCUGCAAGAGUCCCUCAUUACAGGAUCGGACGCACAGUCACGGGAAGAUUUAGAAAGCCUGUAUUUAGAUGGGAUUAAUGCGCGUCCACUACUCGUCACACUCCACAUUAACCUACUUUUGUUGUACAAGAGAUGGGGUGCAGAUGACAAAUCAAAGAUCAAUGAAGGAUACCAGCAUGCCUGUAGAGUUGAAGCAGGAAAAGCCUUUAUUGAUUCCCUGGAAUGGUAUCAAGCCCUAAUUGACACAAUGGAGGAUUACCAAAACUAUGAGGAUGUCAGCCAUGAUAAGGAAUUCCAAAUGAACUACUUGGCUGCCUUGGAGCGCCUUGUAUACCUCACAUUAGCAUCCAGCAGUGGCACAGCACUUCUUUCUCCAUGUACACUGAAUGAUGCAGCCACAUUCCUUAAAAGAUUUGACCAAAAGUUAACUACGGGUCUUGCUGUAAUUGGUCCAGGCACUCAGUUUGGUCAAGUGAUGGCUGGCCAACUGUACUUAAAUAUGGCUAUCUUCCUCUUAAGUAAUGCCCAGAAGGAGUGCUUAACACCCACAAGUAUUACUGCUGGUGCCCUUCUCUUCCAUGCCUGUCGUUUCCAGACCACAGAGAUUGACCGUCAGUCUAAAUCCUGGAAGUCUCGUGAUCAGUUCUGGUAUAAAUUAGCCUGCCACAGACUCUCCCAGGCUGCCCAUGUUCUGGAACACAUGGCCAGUACAGAAACUGACAAGAAAACAUAUUUGGAAAAAGUGAAAGUGAGGUGCAGUAACAAAGAGGUUCAGGGGAAUAUUUACAAGACUGUGUUUGGAGCCACUUUGGAUAAUAAGAAGAGUGUGCUUCAGUCCACUUUGGAAAAUAAGGACCAGAGCUUCUUCUUAAAAGAUCAAGGGUUUAUUGAUGCUUCACUAUCAUACCCUGAGCCAGAUCAAGUGAAGGAGUGGGAUAAUGUGGUGGGAAGCAUGUAUUGUGCCAGUCUCGGAGACUUGGUAUGGCUGUGCUUACAACAAACACCGAUGAAUCUAAAUCCCCAGCCAUAUUACUCGUUCACGUUGUUUGAGGGUCUCCCGUUCUACUCCUCCCGUAUCAACACAGGGGCUGCAGAAACAUUGUGUCACAUUGAUCUCUUGGCCUUCCUAGCUGCCACAGUCUAUUGUCAGAUUGCUGCUUUAAAGGAGGCUCAUGGCCCUCCCCCAGCCUCUCUGCCUACAGUGAUAGCAUCUGCUCUCAACACUGUAGAACAAGCUGAUUGGUGGACGGCCGCUUACACUCUGUUCACCAACCGUGUACACCAGAGUUAUAUGAAACAGAGGCUAACCUUACAACGUGGCUUAGAAGUUAUUAGGGUGCAGGGUAACCAUGGAGUUGCCCUGCCCCUUUUGGCACACCUAGCACAGUGUUUCACAAACUGGGCCACUGCUGCCGAAGGGGACGGAAGUACAAACAAUGAAAUCGAUGCAUUGAAAGAUCGAGCAGAGCUUUACUGGCAAGAGGCUUUGCAACUGUGUCACAAGACUUCACGAAACCUCCCCAUCGUAGUGCCUAGAAAUCCACUCUUUGUCGUCCAGUAUGUGAACCUAACAUCAGAGGAGGUGGCCAAGAUAGAGAUGGAGGGAAAAUAUUUCUUGGCAAUGCGCCUUGUUCAUGCAGGGAAACAACAGGAGGCAAUACAAGCUCUUGGGGAGUUGAAGAGCCCUGAGGCUUCUUUCCAGAGGGCGCUGUUAUAUAAAGAACAGGGUCAAGCACUGCUGGGUGAGGGUAAUGUGGAGUCCGUAACUUCAGAAAAACGCUCCCAGCAUACCACGCUUCUCACUCAGGCGCGCGACACAUUUUACCUCACAUUGGAUAGACUUCGCAUGCCAGGUGUUGACCGUGGCCAUCCACUCCAUACAAAACUUAACCAACAAUUACAAGAUGUGGAAAGACGGUUGUCCCACAUGGCCCUUGACAAGUCUGUGUCCAGGCAACAGGAGGAUGACACAGAGUCCAUUUCCGAUGCAUCGCAGUCACCGAGCCCCGACCUGGAAAAUGUCAUCACAAACUUGCCUCAAACACCACACUUGUUUAGCACCCCAUAUACAGAAAAGAAAAGUAGUGCCAGAAUCACCAGACAGGAAGCACGUUCCAGUCGAGAGCGUUUAGAUGCCCAAGUGAGAGCCUUGUCUGAGGUACAGGAAAACACACUGAGAAAUAUGGAAGAACAAAAUGCUGCACUGAAGGCACAAAAUGAGGCACUCAGAAACUUUUGUACCACCAUGGCUGAUGAGUUCAAGGAAAAUGCUUCACUUUAUCGCAGUAUGUUGGACCAGAACAAGUCUCUGUCUCAAGAGGUUUAUGCUUCAAUUAUUAAGGAAAUGAAGCAGAUACACUCCACACUACUAGUUGAAACUAAGGAUUUACAAUCUACAGUCAAGGAUUUACAGGGUCAAGUACACGCAAUGGCAGUUGACCUCGGAGAAGUGCGAGCUAUGAAAUCUACAGUAAAGCACUCGGAAGUAACAGAAGUGAAGGCUAGUGAUGAACAAGUGCCUGUGGAUUUGCCAGCUACUGUUGUUUCUACAGGUCUCUACGGUGGUUAUAUAAAUUACUACAAUCAACAAGCUGUGCCCAGUCCCCUGAUGCCUACCCCAGGGCUCUUUGGCAACCCUCCAUUCUUCCCACCAUCCACAAUGCCGGAGCAGUCAUUCAGUAUGUCAACAAGUAUGAGUGAAGGUGCAACAAUCUCCACCUUGGCACAGACCAACACAUCCAUGGUGACGCCUGCCCUGGCCUCCCCCGCCAGCAUCACAGUGAAGGAUCCUGUAACAUCUCAAUCUGGAAUGUUCUCAACUCAGAACUGGAAUUUGGCCACUACUGGCGCCAGCAACAAUCGGCUCCCCCCAGAUGCUUCUCCUCCAGCGCAUGCCUUCCAGAUCGCCAUGCCACCCGUCUCUAAUGCUCUGACGCCUCCGCCAAGAUCUGUGCCAGGAGAGUCGCUGUCCCAUACCCUCCCCUGCUCUACCACUGCUGGUCUCCUGGCCAAUGUGCCUCCCCCACUCUACUCGGCGGUCACUCCAGACUCAUCCCCAGUGCGCGGCGAGUCACACAUCCAAUCACUAUCGACGGUGAUGUCGACAGAAGGCUUGUCUACUGCAUCUGACAAUUUGGUAGCUCCGUCGGCUGCGUCCGGGUCACGGGAUAGCUCUCUUACUUAUACGGGAGCCUUCACAUCUGGAGGACUCAGUGAGCCAAAGAUCUCACCCAUCAAGAACAAGGAGGCAGCAGAUGAGGAUACUGAUCGUUACAUAGAGGAUGAUCAUGAUCCUUGCCCAGACUUCAAGCCAGUUGUACCUCUGCCAGAGAAGGUGGAAGUUCGUACAGGAGAAGAGGAUGAGGAGGUGUUGUUUGAAGAGCGAGCAAAACUCUUCAGGUUUGUGGAUAAAGAAUGGCGGGAACGUGGCACUGGCGUAAUGAAGCUGCUGCACAACCCAUCUCAGGGAUCUGCUAGAGUGCUCAUGAGGAGAGACCAGACGCACAAGAUCUGUGCUAACCACCUAGUGACAGAGAAUAUUGACAUACAACCUAUGAAGAAAAAUGAUAAAGUCUGGAUCUGGGCUGCUCAGGAUUUUGCGGACGAGUCACUUCGCAUGGAAAAGUUCUGCUGCCGAUUUAAGACUGUAGAAAUUGCUACCAGUUUCAGAGAUGCUUUUGUGAAAGCCAAAGAAAUUGCCAGGAAUAAGGAAGAGAUGGAUAAGAUACAACAGGAAGUAAAUAAGCCCCCCCAAGAAUCAAGUAACCAGACGUUAACAACAGCAACAAAACCAACAUCAUUAGCAGAGAUGUUCAAGCCUACAGCAGGGUCUUGGAGCUGUUCCACCUGUUUAGUAUUAAACACACAAGAGAAGACAAAAUGUGCAGCUUGUGAAACGCUCAAUCCCAAUGCACCUAAAGCAAAGGAACCCGUUGAAGAAACUUUAACACCCUUUGCAUCUUUCAAGUUCACACCUUCAAGUAAAACUGAGGGAGGAGCCUCAGCUUAUCCAGUUGGCUUCAGGUUUGGUGGUACAACACCAUUGUCUUCAGUGGUUAAGAGUACCCCAGUGUCCACCUCAACAACAACAGCUAUUGGAUUUCAAUUUGGUGUGAGUUCUGUGAGCAUAGUUCCUGUCACGGCCAGCUUCCCUGUUGCCUCCACCUCAUCACUUGCCACCGUCACCACUGAUUCUCUCAAAGACAGUAGCAAGAUGAGUCUCCCCGGCUUUACCUUCACCUCAUCCUCCACCGCCCUGUCCUUCAAGCCAGAGACAACGGAAGGGUCACAGCCGAAGCCUCAGGAGGACAAGAAGAAAGUCUCCAUUUUUGCUGAAUUUUCUUUUGGCACAAAUGCCAAUAACACUCCCACUACAGGGUUUGCCUUCAGCACUCCCUCAACUGACAUAAAGGAGGAGGAAGAUAACACCGGUGUACCUGCUAGCACUGGAGGCCCGAUUGGUGGGGAUACAUCUGGAUCCAUGUUAACUUUUGGGAGUGUGGCUGCAACUAGUGCAUCUGCUGGUUUGUUCACCACAAAGGUACCACAGGCAUUUGAACCAAAGACACUUUUUGGAAUAUCUACCGGGUCACCAAGCAAGGAUGAUAGUGAUGACAAAGUAGAAGAGUAUGAACCUCAGGUGGAUUUCCAGCCUGUGAUCCCUAUGCCAGACCUGGUUGAGGUCAAAACAGGUGAGGAAGGAGAAGAGAAGUUAUUCUGUGAACGAGCAAAGCUGUACCGAUAUGACAAAGACAGUAAGGAAUGGAAGGAAAGAGGUGUUGGAGAACUGAAAGUGCUGAAAAAUAACAGUUCUGGGAAGGUACGUGUGUUGAUGCGUCGUGACCAGAUCCACAAGGUGUGUGCCAAUCACUUCCUCACUGCCGAUAUGAAGCUCAGUCCCAUGAAAGUAUCUGACAAAGCAUGGAUCUGGGCUGCACAUGACUAUGCUGAUCAAGAAAUGAAGGAAGAACAGUUUGCAGCCAGGUUCAAGACACAAGAAUUGGCACUUGCUUUCAAGGAAGCCUUUGAAAAGGCUCAACAUUCCCUAAGUACAUCAACCACAGCUGAGACAACAGCACCAGUACCACCACCCCAGGAUACAGUCACCUCUACAACUAAAUCCUUAGCAGAUAUGUUCAGACCAGCAGCCGGAUCUUGGGAAUGUGGGGUGUGCUUAGUGCGUAACACAGCAGCGAGCAAGUUAUGUGUUUCAUGUUCUUCAAAAAAACCUUGUUCUGAACCUUCUAACGAAGAUGUAACAGAUGCUACUAUUGAGAGUAAGCCAGCAUUUAGUUUUAGCAUUAGUAAAACACCGUCACAGUCUUCCUCUGGGUUCAUGUUUGGCACCAGUGACAGUAAACAAAGUUUCUCUUUUGGUAUUCCUCAAACCAGCAAAGCAACAACUGAGACAACUUCUCUGUCAACAAUAUCUUUCGGAGUCCCAAACAAUUCAACACAAGACAGUGCAGCUCCAUCUGAGAACAAGCCUGCAUUUUCUUUUGGUUGUUCCUAUGAUCAGUUUAACAAACCAUUUAAUUUUACUUGGCAACCAAUACAAGGAACCUCAGCAGGGAGUGUAGAUUCAUCCAGUUCCAGCACUACAUCUACUUUUUCAUCAUCAUCUUUCUCUGCCACUGGGCCAAUAGUAAUCCCAAAAAGUACUCGUGAAGAUCCUACUACACCAACAAAAGAUGAAAAGUCGGGAUUUGUGUUUGGUAGCCCAGGGAAGUAUGAAUUCUCUUUUACUGGAAUUAAAGCAAAAUCUCCAAGGUCAAGAAACACAAGUUAUUGUGAAUCUGAAGAUGGUGUAGUGGAGGAGGAUGAUGGAGAUCACCUUUACUUUGAGCCUGUGGUGCCCCUUCCGGAGAAAGUGGAGGUAGUGACCGGAGAGGAAGAUGAAGACGUCCUAUAUGUCCACCGUGCUAAGCUGUUCCGUCAUGUUGCAGGAGAAUGGAAGGAGAGAGGACUUGGUGAUAUAAAAAUCCUCUCCCACAAACAGAAUGGUAAAAUACGGCUGCUGAUGCGACGGGAACAAGUUCAUAAACUGUGUCUGAACCACACACUGAAUAUAGACAUUGAAUUUCGCAAGAAAGACGACAAAACCUACUACUGGGCUGCAGUGGAUUAUACUGAAAGUACUCCUCAGAAUGAAACAUUUGCUGUUCGGUUCAAGACUCCUGAAAUUGCUCUAGAUUUCAUUAAAGCAGUGAAUGAUGCCAAGGUAAAAUUGGGAGGAUCACCUGUGGAACUCCCAGCAACUACCAUAUCCUCUCCAGUGAAAUUGGAGGACAACACGAGAGAAAAAUCUCCCAAAGCACCGGCAAUGCCCACACCCUCACAGUUUACCCCACCAGAUUCUACCACUCCAAUAACUUCAGCCUCUACAAAGCCAGCUGGGUAUUUUUUGAAGGAACACCUGGAAAAUCUACUUUAGGGGGAUCUCCUGGCAACUUAUUUGGAGGAAUGUCUACUCCCACAAUAAUUUGGGGGACAGUAACCUCCACACCCUCAAUAUUUGGGGGGACAGUGACCCCCACACCCUCAAUAUUUGGGGGGACAGUAACCCCCACACCCU